AUGGGCAUCUUAUCCAAAGUUGAGGAUCGUCCCACUCCCUCUCAAGUCUACAAUUGGCGUGUCUAUCUAUGUUCCAUCGUCGCUGGUUUCGCGGCGGUCAUGAUAGGUUAUGAUAGCGCAUUUAUUGGAACAACUAUCGCUCUUCCAUCUUUCAAACAAGAGUUCAACUUUGAAGCACUAUCUGAUCCGAAGUUGAAUCUUGUGAGUGCAAACAUUGUCUCAUGUUAUCAAGCUGGAGCGUUUUUUGGAGCACUCUUGGCUUAUAUUGCGGCGUACUGGCUUGGAAGAGUCAGAGGAAUGGCUGUUUUUAGUGCUGUAUUCACAGUUGGUGCUGGUAUGAUGCUUGGUGCUAAUGAAAGGCGUGGUCUUGGUCUUAUAUAUGGUGGAAGAGUUUUAGCCGGUCUAGGAGUAGGUGGUUGUUCGAGUUUGGCUCCUAUUUAUAUCUCUGAGAUAUCUCCACCUGCUAUUCGUGGUCAAUUGGUUUGUAUGUUUGAAUUAGGAUGGCAGAUUGGUGGACUUAUUGGAUUCUGGAUUAACUGGUUAAUGAGCAAAGGCAAACGAGAGAAAGCCAUCAAAAACCUUUGUUGGAUUCGAAACCUCACGGAAGAUGAUAUAUACAUCAAGGAAGAAAUCUACGCAAUCGACCAAAAUAUCGAGCAACAAAUGAUAGGAGGUGGUCUUGGAUUCUGGCAACCAUUCAAACUCCUCACAUCAAGUCAAAAGAUUCAAUGGAGAUUCUUCCUUGGAGGUUCAUUGUUCUUUUGGCAAAAUGCUUCUGGUAUCAAUGCCGUUAAUUAUUAUUCUCCGACUAUCUUCAAAAGUAUUGGGAUUAUCGGUACUAAUACCUCCCUGUUUUCUACCGGUCUAUUCGGUGUUGUCAAAACAGUUGGAACUUUCAUUUACCUCCUUUUCCUGAUCGAUCAAUUGGGUCGAAGGAAGUUAUUGAUGAUUGGAUCCAUUGGUGGUGCUUUAUGCAUGUACUACGUAGCUGGAUACAUUGCAAUUGCAAAGCCUGCUGAUCAUCCAACAGAUUCACUUCCACCUUCUGGUGUAUCUGCUGUUUUCUUUUUCUACUUAUGGACUGCAUUUUACACACCAACUUGGAACCCAACCCCCUGGGUAAUAAACGCCGAGAUAUUUGACCAAAGUGUUCGAACUCUAGCUCAAGCACAUGCAGCUGCUCAUAACUGGCUUUGGAAUUUCCUAAUCUCCAGAUUUACACCGCAGAUGUUUUCUUCAAUGGGAUACGGAGUUUACUUAUUCUUCGCGUCAUUGAUGAUUUGGGGAGCUGCAUUUGUUUUCUUCCUGAUUCCAGAGACGAAAAAUGUUCCUCUCGAGGCCGUUGAUAGACUCUUUGAUCGUAAUAUGCCAGCUAGGAAAGCACAUGCUGUUGUGUGGGCUGAGUCGGAACAAGAAGAGGAAGCCUUGAGAGCGGGGAUUGCGAUGAGAUUGGAAAAGGAUAGGACUUCUACAUAUGUUGAGAAUGUUUAG